CAGGAGGAAGCACAUGAGAAGGAGAAGGGUGUGCUUGUUGGAGAGAAGGAACACACAAUUCCUCAAGAGUACAGGUUUAAAGAAGACAAACUCAAAGACCUUCCUGCACCACAACCUGAGCCCACUGUGAACACUGGUGAGGCUCUGGACUUUUUAUCUGGAGACUUAGUCAGCUGCUCCAAAGCUGCUGCCGUCCAGGCUCCUGUUGCCAAAUCCACAGCUCCUCCUAAACCGAAACCUGAACCUUGUGUUAUGGGUCCUGAAGUGGUUGUGUGUGUUGCUCCUGAACAGACAUUGGAAUGCUCUGUAUGUCCUCCUGUGUCUGUGGCACCUGGUGAAAAAGCAAAAGUGGAGAAAGCUGCAUCUGAUUCUUCUGGCUCUGCUCCAACCACGGGUGAUGACAUGUCUUUAGAUGCUCUCAGUGCUCUUGGUGACACUCUGGCAGCUGCAGAACCAAAACAACAACCUCCCAAACUGAAACCUGAGGAUAUCGUCUCGGAGAAAACACAUGAGAAGGAGAAGGGUGUGAGGGUAGGAGAGCGGGAGGACACACUUCCUCCAGAAUACAGGUUUACAAAGGAAGAACUCAAAGACCAGCCUGCUCCAAAACCUGAGCCCACUAUGGAUACUGGUGAGGCUCUGGACUUUUUGUCUGCGGGCUUUGAGAUGUCCUCAGCUCCUUGUGCACCGAAACCUGAACCUGUUGUCUGUCCUCCUAUGGUUGUGCAGCCUGAUCUUGGCCAGCCAGUUGUGUGUUAUGGUCCUGAACCGACACCGAAGUGUCCUGAAAGACAUCUCGUUGUGUGUCCACCUGGUGAAAAACCAAAGGAGAAGAUUGAUGACGAUUUGUCUCUGCAGUCAGCUACAACCACAACACAACCUCUUCGUGGUCAGCGAAUUGUGUGUUAUCGUUCUGAACCGACACCGAAAUGUCCUGAAAGACAUCUCGUGUGUCCACCUGGUGAAAAACCAAAGGAGAAGAUUGAUGACAUUGAUUUGUCUCUGCAGUCGGCUACAACCACAACACAAAAACCUGAACCUGUUGUCUGUUCUUCUAUGGUUGUGGAUCCUGUUAUUUGUCAGCCGGUUGUGUGUUAUCGUGCUGAUCCGACACCGAUGUGUCCGGAGGAACCUCCUCUCAUUCUCCGUUCACCUGGUGAAAAACCAAAGAAGAUUGAUGACGUUGAUUUGUCUCUGCAGUCGGCUACAACCACAGUACAAAAACCUGAACCUGUUGUCUGUUCUUCUAUGGUUGUGGAUCCUGUUAUUUGUCAGCCGGUUGUGUGUUAUCGUGCUGAUCCGACACCGAUGUGUCCGGAGGAACCUCCUCUCGUUCUCCGUUCACCUGGUGAAAAACCAAAGAAGAUUGAUGACGUUGAUUUGUCUCUGCAGUCGGCUACAACCACAGUACAAAAACCUGAACCUGUUGUCUGUUCUUCUAUGGUUGUGGAUCCUGUUAUUUGUCAGCCGGUUGUGUGUUAUCGUGCUGAUCCGACACCGAUGUGUCCGGAGGAACCUCCUCUCAUUCUCCGUUCACCUGGUGAAAAACCAAAGGAGAAGAUUGAUGACGUUGAUUUGUCUCUGCAGUCGGCUACAACCACAGUACAAGGAGAGUCUAUGUCUGCUGAUGCUCUGAGUGCUCUUGGGGACACUCUAGGAGCUCCAGAAAGAAAGCCUGAACUCCCCGAACUCAAACCCAAGGACAUCGUCUCAGAGGAAAAAUGCAAGGAGGAGGAGGGUGUUCUCGUUGGCGAGAGGGAGGACACAAUUCCUCCAGACUACAGGUUUUCAGAAGACAAACUUAAAGACCUGCCUGCUCUAAAACCAGAGCCCACUAUGGAUACUAGUGAAGCUCUGGACAUUUUGUCUGAAGGAUUUGGAAGUCCCUCUGUUCCUGCUGUUGCGCCUUGUGUUGGCAAACCCUCAGCUCCUUCUGCACCAACUAUGGACUUCUCCAUAAGUCCUAAAGUGGCUGCAGGUUCUGCUCCAGCUAAAAGUGAAAAACCACCAGCAAUGGACUUCUCCAUAACUCCCACUGUGUGUACUGGCCCCCCUGCUGAUGUCACAGCAAUAACAAUCACUGCUCCAGCUAAGCCUUCUGCAGAUGUGGCCAUCGAUACCUUGGCUGGAGACUUGGUUAUGUCUGCAGUUGCUCCAGCAGUGAAGUCUGCUGCUUAUACUUCCUCAGAAACACCUCUGCAGCUUGCAGCAGGAGCAGACAGUGCUCUUGACGUUCUGUCAGACGCCUUGAUGGACACCACUCCCAUUCCUAAACCCCCUCAAAUUUCAGAAAAAGACAUUGUCAAGGAGAAGGAGGCAGUCGAAGAGAAGAUCGUGAAGAUGGGAGAGAGAGACGACACGCUGCCACCAGAAUUUCGGCCCACGGAGGAAGAUCUAAAGAAAAUGGCUGAAGCAAAGGCCAAGGCAGCUGCAGCACCAAAGGAGAACCCGAUGGGUGAUGCUGCGGCCUUGGACCUGCUGUCCAGUGACUUUGCUGCUGCUCCAGCGCCCACUGCACCAACUGCUCCAUGUGCAACAGCCACAACACAGGUCGUCCAUCCUGUGCUGGACACUGAGGCCGCCAAGCCAAUGGCGAGAUCUGUCCUCGACUCUUUGGCGAACACUCUGCCUCCAGGCCCAAUAGAGGGCAAAUCCAAGGAAGAAAAAUCAAAGGGCAAGAGCAAGUCAAAGACAAAGUCUAAAAAACACCAUGCAGAAGAGUCGCCUGCUAAAGAGCAGCCUUCUGCUCCGCUAAAAUCAGACGUCGUGUCAGCAUCUAAGAAGGGAGCCAAACACUGAAGUUCUCGGAUGGCCCUGCAGUUUGUCCUCCCAGCCACUGGGGUGCAUCACUGAGGGGAGCUGCUUUUGAUUGUAAUUCUAUUUUUCUAAAAUCAUCAAGAAUGUUAACUGGAGGAAAGAGAAAUGUAAACAGGUCGCGUGUAGCACUGUAGUUCCUCUGUUUUUUUACAUGCAGUUGAGAAUGGAAAGCUUUUUGUGUUUUCAAGAUGUAGAGCAAAGAGACAAACUAUGGUCAGGGCAUCGGGUUUGGUGCAACAAACAUGUAAAUCCUUCUUCAGGGUUUCUGCUUGGUGUCAUGUUUAGGGAAGGAAGUUGUUGCAUGUCAGUUUGCAUGGGAGCCGUACAUCAGGAGUGUACAGUAUUGGCAUGUUUAUGCAAUCUUGAGUUCUACAGAAAUGCCAAGUUUUCUUUCAGAUGCCAUUAAGACACUAGUGUAUAGCUUAGUCUGCUUCUGUCAAGGAUGACGCGUGGUUUGCACGACGUGGAGGUGUUCUGUAUUUGACAACUUCAUGCAGAUGCCAUCUUUUUUUGGGGGAUGAGGGGAUAUUUUUAACCAAGAAGGAAAAAAAAAGCCUUGUUUGUAUACUGUUAAAAAAUAUAUUUUUUUGGUCAUUGUAAGAGGAACACUGAGUAAUUUACCGUCCUUAAAGGCUGUCGCUUUCAACUAUAAAGUCGGAAUUAAACAUGCUUUUCCACAAGGUCUUCAUGUAAAAGGAUUUGUGUGGGUGUGAUGAGAGGUAUUUUCGAUGUGGGAGUACUAAUUAAAUAAAGAAUGGAAAAUUGAAA